AUGCUGCCUUUUCACGUCCGUUCAUUUGAUUCUUUCAGUCACUCUCUCACUCUUCGGCUGGUUGUCUUGUGUUUUUUUUUUUUUUUUUAUUUCUCACUCAUUCUCUCUUUUCAUGUCCUUUUCCCUUUUUUUCUCUACCCUUCUCUCUUAAACUUUUUACCUCUGUACCAGUUUCAGUCCUACUCCCUAUUAUUUGUACUGUGCCUCCUUCAUACUUCUUACCUUUCUCUUUACCUUUUUAUCUCUUCAGCUAUCUCUCUGGUCAUCUCUCUCUACCUUCCCAUCUGUCUCUCUCCCUACUUUUCCAACUUUCUCUCUGAUUUUCCCCCUCUUUCUAUCUUGUCACCUUUCCAUCCAUCUCUCUCUCUCUGCUUUUCCCUGUGUCUUUCUGAUUUCCCCUCUUUCUCUCUCCUCACAUUUCCCCUUUUUCUCUCUCCACUUUUCCUUCUUUCACUCUUGAUUUUCUCAUAUUUUCAUAUUUCCACCUGCCUCUUUCACUUGACACCUUUCUGGGUCUCUCCCCCCACCACCAUUCUCUCUCUGCCCUCUCUUCACCUUUCUCUCUCUUCAGCAAUCUAUGACCACGUUUCCAUUUUACUAUCUCUUUCUCCUUUUCUAUCUGCCUAUCUCUCUCAACUAUUCCUUCUACUUCUCUUUUCUCUCAACUUUUCCCUCUGCAUAUGUCACUCCGACCUUGCCCUUGACCACCCACCCACCUUUUCCUCUGCCAUUGUCUCUCUCUCCACCUUUCUAGCUCUUUCUCUUUCCAGCUCUCUCUAUCUCUAUCUCUUUCCAGCCCUCUCUAUCUCUUUCUAG